GCAUUUAGUGCUGAACACUUUUAUCUCGAGCCUGGUAAAUAAUUUAUCAAGAUGGCGUCCUCUUUUAAGAAAACGAGCAUUUUGGUUCCUAAGGUUUUAAAAGAAAAGUUAACACCUGAUGGGGCAUAUUGGAAAAAUUUAGAGACUCCAGUGACAGUAAAAGAAUAUGGAGCUAUUACAGAUAUUGACUUUUGCCAGGUCCAACCAUACAAUUUUGCAGUCACAAACUCAAUGCGGGUUCAGAUAUAUGAUGUGGAGAACUCCCAGUUGCACAGCACCAUCAGUAGGUUUAAAGAUGUGGUUUACAGUGGUACCUACAGAAGUGAUGGUAAGCUCCUGGUGGCUGGUACAGAGGAUAAGUACAUCAAGAUCUUUAACCCAGGCACACGUUCUCUCCUCAGGACAUUUCAAGGACAUACAGGGGCUGUUCGUGUAACCAAGUUUCUCCAGGACCAGUUUAGAAUAGUGUCCGGAUCAGAUGACCAGACUGUCAGAGUGUGGGACAUCCCCACUGAGAAAGAAGUGCACAUUUAUCACGAGCAUCAGGAUUACAUUCGAUGUGGUUUAACGUCUAGGUCUAGUCAAGACUUGUUUCUGACAGGUUCAUAUGAUCAUACAGUCAAACUCUGGGACGCCAGAGCAGAUCAGAGUGUCUUGUCUGUCAAUCACGGCCUCCCUGUGGAAAGUGUCCUUAUGUUUCCCAAUGGUGGAAUCUUUUUUUCGGCAGGUGGCAACGUGAUCAAAGUUUGGGAUGCUCUGGCCGGAGGCAAAUUGCUGGCCACCUUGACCAACCAUCACAAAACUGUCACAUCGCUAUGCUUUUGCAGCAAUUUUGAACGUUUCAUGUCCGCCUCCUUAGACAAACAUGUGAAAGUGUACGAUGUAGCCACAUAUCAAGUUGUACACACCAUGAAUUACCCUGGACCCAUUCUGAGUCAUGCAGUAUCACCUGAUGAUCAAGUAUUAGUAGUUGGCAUGGCAGAUAAAAUGUUGUCAAUACAGCGAAGAAAAACAGAAUCUGUAGAUCAUGCUGUGAAAUUUCAAAAGUCUCAAAGGAAGCGCAAGCUUCGAGGGUACGCUCAUCUAGCCAAGUCCUUCACUCCAAGCCCAGCAGAUAGUGUUGUGGCACUGAAGAAAAGAGAGAUCCUGGCUCCAUAUGAUAAGCAUUUGAAACAUUUCAACCAUACCAAAGCUCUGGAUUCUGCUUUAGAAAUGGUUGUAAGAAAGAAUCACCCAGAAGUGACUGUCAGUGUGAUGCAGGAGUUGAUAAGAAGACAGCACAUCAAGACUGCACUGGCGGGGCGAGAUGAUUCCUUCCUUCGCACAGUGUUACAAUUCAUUCACAAAAAUUUGAGUAAUCCAAUGUUUAUGGGGACAUUACUGGAUAUUUUCAACUUGGUUUUAGACAUGUAUGGUAUUUCUGAGUUGAUGAACAGUGGACCACUGGAAUCCCUGCUGGUCAAGAUCAAGGCACUGAUUAAUAAUGAGGUCAAACUAAUGACAAGUGUGGAAGAAAUCCUGGGUUCCCUUGACCUUCUAUUCACUGUGGCAGAAAAUCAAACACUGCCUUUGCUUGACUCAAGCACACAGUUGCAGAAUGGAACAUCAACAGAGAUAGUAGCAGAUGUUGAAAUGACCAGUAAUGAAGCUGGUAGUACAAGCUUUUCUAUUCCAGCUGGAAAGUGUUUGUUAGAUGUCAUAGGCUCAAAAUCAGUUGCAGCUACUUGAUAUCUAAUGUUAUAGUUGUUUUUUUUUAUUGUUGUAUUUAUGAAUUAAAAUAUGAAAGAAAAUUCUUUCCAUGAGA